AUGGCGUUCGUGCUGAACGCGCUCGGGUCGGCGUGCGACCGUCGGGCUACAGGGAGCCCCGCGGAGAGCUCCCUGAGCCUGGCGAGCACGGGCGUCCCGAGCGAUCCCGAGCGUGAUAUUCAGCACCGGGACGGGGCCAUCAUAAGCGGCAAGGUCGAGCUGUCUUCGUACGUGGCCCCGGCCAGCCUCGAGAUGCCCCCCCGGCAGGACGCCAAGGUGGUGGACGCCCGCGACGCGGACACCCCCGACAAUUGGGUGAUGAGGCACGAGAACAUGGUCAGGCUCACUGGGCGCCAUCCCUUCAACUCGGAGCCGCCCAUGAAGGACCUCCAGGAGGCCGGCUGGAUCACACCCCCGUCCCUGCACGUCGUCCGCAACCACGGCGCCGUGCCCAAGCUCUCGUGGGAGAGCCACAGGCUCGUGAUCGAGGGCGUGCCGCGGCCCUGCGAGCUGACCAUGGAGGAGCUGGCCUCUGGCAAGGUGGGCGAGAUUGUUAGCAUCCCCGUCAGCUUCAUUUGCGCCGGGAACCGCCGCAAGGAGCAGAACAUGACGAAGAAGACAAUCGGCUUCAGCUGGGGCUCCGGGGCGAUAGCCAACAGCAUCUGGACCGGCGUGCGCCUCUGCGACCUUCUGGCGUACGUCGGGAUCCGCAAGGCCUCCGCAAAGCACCGCUUCGUGCACUUCGAGGGGCCGCUCGGGGAGCUCCCGCAAGGGAAGACGGGCUCCUACGGCACCUCCAUCGACAUGGGCUGGGCCAUGGACCGCGAGCGCGACGUCUUGCUGGCCUUCAAGCAGAAUGGCGAGCUGCUCACGCCAGACCACGGCGCCCCGCUGCGCACGCUGCUGCCAGGGUGCAUCGGCGGGCGCAUGAUCAAGUGGCUCUGCAAGAUGUGGGUGUCGGACCAGCCCUCGGAGAACCACUACCACUUCUUCGACAACCGGGUGCUGCCGCCGCACGUGGACGCGGAGCUGGCCACGGCCGAGGGAUGGUGGUACAAGAACGAGUACAUCAUCAACCACUUCAACAUCAACUCCGCCAUGUUCGAGCCCAGGCACAACGCCGUGUUCCACCCGAGCGAGGACCCGACCCUGAGGGUGUCGGGCUACGCGUACGCCGGCGGCGGGUUGAAGGUGAUCCGCGCGGAGAUCUCGCUGGACCAGGGCAAGAGCUGGGAGAUUACCGACCUCACUCGCCCCGAGGACGAGAUCGCCGCGUCCCGCGGCACGGACAAGCACUGGUGCUGGGGGCUCUGGGAGACCGAGGUGGAUUCCGGGCGCCUGCGCGACUGCCACGAGAUCGCCUGCCGCGCUGUGGACUGCAACCAGAACAUGCAGCCGGCGAACCUGACCUGGAACGUCAUGGGCAUGUGCAACAACUGCCUGUUCCGCAUCCGGGUGCACCACCGUGACGAUGGAAGCGUGUGGUUCGAGCACCCGACGCAGCCUGGCGCGGAGACCGGCGGCUGGAUGACGGAGGACGCAGGCAGGUUCGACCCCGCCAAGGAGAGCAGGGCUGCCCGCGGCGCGCGCGGCGUGCCGCCGAAGCGGCCUGUUGCCGCCGUCUUCACCGCCCCGCAGGCCCGCGAGGUUAAGGUGGCGAAGAAGGAGGACGUGCCCGGCAGGCUCGUGAAAGACAGGUGGGCGAGCAUCGACGCGUGGAUGAAGGAUGGCGUGCCCCAGUCCGAGGUGGAGAAGCACAACAACGACAAGUGCGCUCUGAUCGUGGUCAAGGACCGCGUCUACGACUGCACCCCGAAUACAUACCCCGAGGACCACCCAGGUGGCGCGUCCAGCAUCCUGCUGCUGGCAGGCGGCGAGGCCACCGAGGACUUCGAGGCGGUGCACUCCAAGAAGGCGUGGGCGAUGCUCGAGGACUACUUCAUCGGCAAGCUGCGGGCGGGCGGGAGCGCCGGCCCGAAGGAGGAGCCGAAAGCGGAGCUGAAGUUAGACCCCAGCCAGCCCUUCCUGCACCCGCGCAAGGCGCAGAAGCUCCCACUGGUGGAGAAGAUCGUAGUCUCUCACGACACACGCAUCUUCCGUUUCGGCCUCCCGCACCCGCAGAUGAGGCUGGGCCUUCCCACCGGAUGUCACAUGUUCCUUCGGGCGAAGAUCAACGACGAGACGGUUAUGCGGCCGUACAGCCCUAUGACCGACGACGAGACCCUGGGCCACGUGGACCUGCUCGUCAAGGUCUACUUCAAGGGCGUUCACCCGAAGUUCCCGGACGGGGGCAAGAUGUCCCAGCACUUGGAGUCCAUGCAGAUCGGCGACUCAAUCGACGUGAAGGGCCCGCUAGGAGAGUUCAUCUACAAGGGGCCCGGCUCUUUCACGUGGAUGCACGCGCCGCGCCAGUGCCAGUUCAUCAACAUGAUCGCCGGCGGGACGGGCCUCACGCCCUGCAACCAGGUGGCACAGGCUGUCCUGCGCAACGCCGAGGACCCGACGCAGGUGCGGCUCCUGUACGCGAACCAGUCCCCCGCCGACAUCCUGAUGCGCAGGGAGCUGGACGACCUCGCCGCGAGGCACCCGGGCCGCUUCCGGGUCUGGUACACGGUGGACCGCGCGCCCGAGGGCGAAGAGUGGAAGUACGACGUCGGCUUCAUCAGCGAGGCGAUGAUCAGGGAUCACCUCUUCCCGGCCGGCGAGGGCACCAUCACCGUCAUGUGCGGCCCGCCGCCGAUGGUGAAUUUCGCGUGCAAGCCAAACCUCAAGAAGCUGGGCCAUGAGGAUCCCUCCCUGAUGGUGUUCUGA